CGGCGGUUUUCGCGGGCAGCUUUGCGGAGCGCGGCGGCGGUCAGGCUGCUACAUUAGAGCCGAGCUCGGAGCUCCGAGAGCCGCUGCUGAGCCGCACUAUGACCAGAGGCGGGACCAUGGAAUAAACAUGGCCCACAACAGACGCUUUUUCUUUGAAGCCCUGGAUAGGUCAGAGACCAGGCGAGAUGGAGGGUUCAAGCACAACUGGAGCUAUUCUCUCUCUGGUGACAGUGAAGAGGAAAGGAGACAUGAUGCGAGCGUGGUGAGCACGGAGGAGAUGGACAGGCAGCAGCCGACCUCCCCCGAGGAGAAAAAGUCUCCCACUCCUAGGCACUUCACUUCCUCCGAUCCCCUGAGAACGUAUGAAAACCGGCCAAAUAACCACAUGAGGCCUCUGAGCAAGCUGGCACCCAAACGGCUCAGCGAGGUCCCUCUCACAGUAGCAACGUCGUCCCCCAUCCCCAACAGAACCAACUAUUUCAUCAUCAGUCCGGCACCUUCACAAGGACUCGUGUUACAAGGGCGACACUUUCAGCACGCACAGAUGCCCUCUGCAAUAAGGAAACCAGUCCAAAGCAGCCUCGAUCUGAAGGAAAGAAAUGAUUUCUCCACCACACAGAAAGCUGUAGAAGUGGACAGCAUCGUCCUCACCUGUCCAGAGAUUCCAGAUGAGCAGACCCUGAACAUAAAGCGUCGCGUCCAGCAGAAGAGGAAACCGCUAGAGGACUGCUGUAGUUUCCCGUCGCAGGUCAAAGCCGCUGAGCCUCUCCGGCCGACGGUCUACCACUCGGUGUGCGUCAAGUGCAACAAGCCGAGCGAGGACGGCAACAAGUGUCAGAACUGUGGGAACGGCGUGGCGUUGCUGCCCUGUCAGCAGGCCACGCUCUCGUCCCCGACCCCCAGACCCCCAAUCCGAUCCCAGCCCUCCCCCGGACCAAACAGCCUGCAACAGAACUUCUACAAACCGGUCACGACCAUGAGGGCGCCCCGCGGGGAGACUCUGCCGGUACGGAUCGUGAGCACCAGAGGAACCCUGCCACCUCUAAACAACGUCAGGUCCCCCUUGUUAGCCGGGACGUCGAGCUGCUGCGGAGCCAGAAACCCGCCGAAAGGGAAGAGGACGACGGCCCAGCAGCACGAGCUCAACGACCCCAUUGUCCUGUCCAGUGACGACGAGGAGGAAGAGGCUGACAACGCCAGCACGGGAAGCGUCAACCGGCUGGACAGUGUUUCCCCGCGACCCGCAGACUCCGCUCACUCCUCGCCGGCGCCCUCCGGAGGCCGAGUGGAGGCUGCGGUGAAGAGUGCCGGAGAGCAGCAGCAGGAGGAGCUGAACACCGAAUUCUUUGAAGACGUCAGCAUGAAGAUCACGUUACCGCGGAGAGCCCGGAUGAAGGAUCAGUUUGGAAAUCAACCUCCUGAGCAGUUUUCACCGAGGACAAAGAAACCCAAGUUCAUGUCUAGUAAGUGUGACAGCAUCAUCCUGGAGUGUCGGAGCGUCAGAGUGGGAACUGUUCGCAGGAUGGUGACGAAGCCCGUCAUCUUUUCCAUUGAUCACAUCCAGCUGGAGACAGAAGGUCCGGAGCAGAACACCGUCGAGAAGGUUUGUCUUCAGUCGUCGGAGCUGAUCAGCUGCGAGUGGUGCAGCGUCCGGAAACUUCCGGUCUUGUUCUUCCAGACGACUCCGGAGGAGUGCGUCCGCCUUCGAACGCAGCUCAACAUGUCCAAAGAGGCGGGAGGCCAGUGGUACGACUGUGCCGGGGACCAGUCGGAUGAGAAGUACAUCGUGUUGAUCUUCGAGAACGGGCUGGCGAUGAAGGAGCAGAUGAUCCUGGAGGACAUUCUGGGCGAGAUCGGCAGGAACAACAACCUCAUCCACUUCCCCGCCAAGCUGCCCUUCGAGGAGGCCAACAUCCGCCUGGUCAACUACAACAAGGCCACGAAACAGAAGGAGCAGAAGGAGAAACCGAUACAAGCGCCUCCCAAAAUCACCCACGUCUCCCCGGUUACCAAGGUCGCCCCGGUCAACAAGGUCUCUCAGGUCACGCAGGUCUCCCCGGUCGCCAUGCCCGUUCGCACACGGAUGGCCACCCGCCAGCAGACCAGCUCCUACUUUGAGGAUGAAGACGAGGACAUGACCGACCUCCAGCCCACCUUCUCCGGACCAAUCAUCAAAUUAAUGGUGUACCCUCCUCCUCCAGCCAAAGGUGGCAUAUCGGUCACCAACGAAGACCUCCACUGCCUUAAUGAUGGAGAAUUCCUUAACGAUGUUAUCAUAGACUUUUAUUUAAAAUAUUUAGUUUUAGAGAAAUUGAAAAAAGAAGAUGCACAAAGAAUCCACGUCUUCAGUUCCUUCUUCUACAAGAGACUAAACCAGAGAGAGCGGAGGAACGUCCCAGACACAACAAACCUGCCAAUCCAGAAAAGGAAGCACAACAGGGUCAAGACGUGGACUCGGCACGUGGAUCUGUUCCAGAAGGACUUCAUUUUUGUUCCCAUCAACGAGUCGGCUCACUGGUACUUGGCCGUCAUCUGCUUCCCGGGCCUCAAGGGUCCGGUGUACGAGCAGAACCCGCUGUGCCAAGACCCGUUUCCAGCCUCCACCUCGGCUUCAGAUCCCUCAUCGGAGGAGAACAUCCCGGACCACUGUCGUCCUCUGUCCCCGGACAGAGAUGGGCUCGACAGCUCUUCGGAAGAUCCGUCCCCCGGCGUCCCCGAGGUGUCUGCAGAGGUUCAGACUGAUCUGGACCCCGCCAAGGAGAACGCAGCCUUCACUGAGGCAGGUCAAGAUCCUGCAAACAUCUCGAGAGUGUCCGGCAACGGCCAGGGCGAUGAGAAGCAGUACACAAGCGAGUUGCACAGAAUCAGCGUCUGCUACAGUUCAGGAAAAGGAGACGACGACACCUUCACCUUCUCCGACGACCAAAGCUCCGGUCAGGAUGACUGCAGUGAGGACGGGACUCUGGCUGAAGACUCGCUCAGCUCUGACGCUGCUGCUGCUGCUGCUUUGGCCUCCAAACAAAACCUCUGCAAACAGCCUUGUAUCCUCAUCAUGGACUCCCUGAGAGGUCCGGCCAGGUCGACUGUGGUGAAGACUCUGAGAGAGUACCUGGAGGUGGAGUGGGAGGUGCGUAAAGGGACUCAGCAGAGUUUUGGGAAGGAUGUGAUGAAGGGCUCGAGCCCACGCGUGCCUCAGCAGGAUAACUUCAGCGACUGUGGAGUUUACAUCCUGCAGUAUGUGGAGAGCUUCUUCGAGAAUCCCAUCCCCAGUUUCCACCUGCCCGUCAACCUGUCCGACUGGUUUCCGCAGCAACGGAUGAAGACGAAGCGCGAGGAGAUCAAGGAGCUCAUCCUGAAGAUCCAGGAGCAACAAGAAAUGGACAAGAAGGAGUCCGACCGGGUCGAGGCUCCGCCCAGCUCUCCUGAAGAGCCCGAGAUUGAAGAGACUUCUGGGUCGACGGGCCGGCCGCCAAACCUACCCAUCAGCCCCUGAAAGGACCCCACCCACCUCCACCUCCUGUCCCCGUCACUCCCCGGCCCAGCGGGGGGGCCGGACCUGAUUGUACGCUGCUGGUUUCACUUCAACGUGUCUGAAACGAUCCCUCCAUUUCCCCACAGACAUCAAACACACCUUUAAAUUUGUAUGGAAUAAAACCUGAACUGUAAAUACGUCGGAGUUUUUCCCGCUGCCUUUGUAAUUUACCGUUUUCUGACUCAGUCAUGAAGUGGCCCGUUAAGUUAUGUUUUCAUAGAUGUUUCUUCUCUCCAGGAAGGAUCCGUGCAGAAGAUACUGUUGCGCUCUUGCAUCGUUCUUUUUUUAUUGCUUUCUAGUUGUGUAGAGGACAAAAAAAACACACACAGACGUAGAAGAAGAAGUUGCUGUUCUUUGUAAGUCAUCGAUCCGCCCGUCUGGACUCGACAGCUCACGAGUCACACACGUAGUUCAGUGCUUGUUUGUGUCUCUUCGAUUGUGGAGUGGAUGAUUUUCUUUCAGCAUUAAAAAGCGACUCGAGAUGCAAGAGCAACUUUCA